CCCCGCUAUUGGGAAUCGGGGAUUGAUUCACCUCUCUUUCUGUCGACGGUGAAGGUGAGAGUCUCCUCCAGGCAGCGGCUUUGGCAAUCGAAGAGCUGCAGGUUUGACAUCAUCCCGCAAUGGCUCCUGGAGCGAAAUCCGUGUUCUCCUCUGUCCCGCAGGCCGCACCAGUGGCAGUCUUCCAACUCACGGCGGAUUUCCGCGCCGAUGGGGACCCUCGCAAGGUCAACCUGGGAGUGGGAGCCUAUCGCACAGAUGAGGGGCAGCCAUGGGUCCUGCCAGUGGUCCGGAAAGUGGAGCAGAUAAUUAACAAGGACAUCAGCUUGAAUCAUGAGUACUUACCCAUCCUGGGCCUGCCAGAAUUUCGUGCCAAUUCCUCACGAAUUGCCCUAGGAGAUGACAGCCCAGCCAUCAAGGAGAACAGAGUUGGGGGCGUCCAGUCCUUGGGGGGCACAGGGGCUCUGCGUAUUGGAGCGGAGUUCUUGAGACGCUGGUACAAUGGAACAAACAACACAGCAACUCCUAUCUACAUCUCCUCCCCUUCCUGGGAAAACCAUAACUCUGUCUUCACGGAUGCUGGUUUCAAGGACAUCCGAACCUAUCACUAUUGGGAUGCUGCAAACAGGGGUCUGGACAUCCAAGGAUUCCUGGAGGACUUGGAGAAAGCUCCAGAGUUCUCCAUCUUCAUCCUCCAUGCUUGUGCUCAUAACCCAACUGGCACAGACCCCACAAAGGAGCAAUGGAAACAAAUUGCUGCUGUUAUGAAGCGCCGGUUCCUGUUCCCAUUCUUUGAUUCUGCCUAUCAAGGCUUUGCCUCGGGUUGCCUGGACAGAGACGCUUGGGCUGUACGCUACUUUGUUUCUGAGGGGUUCGAACUUUUCUGUGCUCAGUCCUUCUCCAAAAACUUUGGCCUGUACAACGAGCGGGUGGGAAACCUGACUGUUGUGGCAAAGGAUGCUGACAAUGUGCAGCGGGCCUUAUCUCAGAUGGAGAAGAUUGUUCGCACUACUUGGUCGAAUCCCCCCUCGCAGGGGGCACGGAUUGUAUCAACUACACUCACUACCCCAGAGCUUUUUGCCGAGUGGAAAGAGAAUGUGAAGACUAUGGCAGACCGGGUCUUGCUGAUGCGGGCAGAACUCAGGUCUCGGCUUGAGGCUCUGCGUAUACCAGGCACUUGGAAUCACAUCACUGAGCAGAUCGGCAUGUUUAGCUUUACCGGCCUCAAUCCUAAGCAAGUACAAUUCUUGAUCAAGGAGAAACACAUCUACCUGAUGGCAAGUGGCCGCAUCAACAUGUGUGGCUUGACCACAAAGAAUCUGGAUUAUGUUGCUCGCUCCAUCCAUGAGGCUGUCACCCAGAUCCAGUAAAUCGCCUGCAUGUAACUUUUCCCCUAAGUUUUGGGUUGUUCUUAAACCAACUGCAGCCUUUGGAAUGUGUGAGUUUUAAGCAGGGAAAUAGCUAGGGGGGCAAAGUGGGGCUGCUAAACCCCAUCUUCCUCCUGCCAAUUUUCUGCUUAAAAUUCUUCCUGAAGCUGCUUGCUCCUCUCUUCUCACCCUCCCCCCCCACACACACAAAAAAAAACGUGGGAGAAAUGGGUAUUUAUUUCUUCCUCUGAAGAUGGAAAAUUAGCUGGAGGGAAGGUAUGGAGUAGAAAAGUGGCUGUGGGAAGAGAAAGGGUUAAACUAUCCUCCACACCCUUUUGUCCCCUGCUUAACACGUCCAGAGCCUGCUGCUGUUUUUGAAAGAACCCAAAACCCAUAACGUUUUGUUUAGCCCUAAGAAACACGAACAACAGAUUCCCUCCAUCCUGUAAUAUGUAACUUGUCUGCUCCACUGAGCUCACCUCCCUUACCCGACUUGAUAUAGACUGAGAACUGUUUUGUCUGCAAAGUGUCUCCCUGCCUUUUUAAGGGUCCCUCGCGUGCGUGUUGAUGGGAGACUGUUGACGAGUGUGCUUUCUUUCUGGGUGUCCAUUUUGCACACUAGGUAUUAAUGGCUCCCAACUCUGGUAUCCAAGCACGUGAUCUGUUCCUCUUCCACAUGGCCUUGUCUGUAUGUCCAUUUGCACUUUAUGUAACCAACCCUCUUUGGCCCAUGCCUGCUGGAGUAACAGGGCCGGGUAUUGUGGGAUAAGUACCAAAAAUGAUUGGUCUCCUGUAUGAGCAGCAGAGUGGGGCUGCAUGGGCUAUUUCAGGGAGCAAGGCUGGUGCUACUUCACUGGUUUCCAGCCUUACACAAGCAAAGAUUGUAAUCUUAAUAUCUGUACCUUUUCUGUCAGGACAACCAAUAAAACAUCUCUUCAUGUCA